GCUACUGCCAGCAUCUAAUGGAAACUAUGAAGUCAGUUUUGUGCAUUGUUCUAUAUUCCUUGUCUCUGUUUCCUGUUACCACCAGUGGACCUCUACGAUGUCCCAAACCAUGGGUUAAAGUUCAUCGGGCUUGUUACAAGUUCGUGAAGGAAUACCAAACAUGGGACUCCGCAACAGCAAAAUGUUCAGAGGAGGGUGCUAACCUCGCGUCCAUCGGGUCCAUGGCCGAGAAGAUGAAGAUGAUGAGACAUUUGACAAAUAUAAUAAAAAAACCAAACCAGGACCGUUGGUGGGUGGGACUUCGUCAUAACGAAAGUCGCUCGGUGUGGCGGUGGUCAGACGGAGCGGAGCUCAACGGAAGAGUCACGCCUUGGAGUCCGGGCGAGCCAAACAAUGGCCGUGGGGACGAAUUCUGUGCCGAGUUCCAGAUUGGUGGAAGGCUUAACGACGUACAAUGUAACACACAUCGAUUUUACAUCUGUGAAUGGAAUAAAAUUACACCUCCACCCACACCCUCAACCACUUCCGUUCCAAUGACCACAACCCAGAAGCAGACGACCACUACAACAACUAUCGCCACCACUAGCACCAGUACCAUUAGGGUUGUAACAAAAACCACCGCUACCAAACGUCCAAAAACUAAAACGACGACGCCAAGAAUGACCAAAAGUACUAAAUUGUUGCAAACAAAAGAGACAUUAUCUACACCGGAAACGACAGAUCUGAACAAAAUUUCAACAACAAAACCAUAUAUCAAAGUAACAUCAAAUAUGCCUGAAGACAAUGAAUCGACUGAAACAGAUAAACACAUGUCCACAAGCAGGACACCCGGUACAGAUUUUCCUAUAAAUGAGGCAAAAAUAAGCACGAAAAUACCAGCCCCAAAGUCUCAAACUCAUUGUCCUAGACGUGUGGCUUAUGGGCUAAUUUGGCCCGAAACUGAGAAAGGUGAAAGCAGGUCAAUACCGUGCCAGAAAGGUUCAGGUACGGCUACGUGGCAGUGCGAGAGGAGCCCAGUUAGAUGGGCAAAGAAACCGGACACUCAAGCAUGCGCAUCAAAACAAUUUAAAGAUCUGAUGCUGAGGGUAUCACCUGGAAAAGCGGACAAAUCUCCUAUUGUCACGAAGGAAGCUAUCAACAUCGCCAAGGACUUGGUCAGUAAAACAGAUACUUCCAAAUCAAUGUCCGUGGCGGAUAUCUCAAUCUCGACAGCAAUUCUGCGGAAAGUGACAAACGUCCGACCAGAGUCUGAAGCCCAAGCAGUCACUUUGGUCAAGGAGCUGGUGAGGGCGGGCAGUAAUCUUGUAGCAAACACUGAAAGGUCGGCGGACGUAAGACGGACAGACAAACGUCGAGCGGCCGCCAGUAUUCUUUCCGCCAUGGAGGAUAGCACAACGUCUAUGGCGGAGGCGAUUCAAGUCCCAACUGUCAUUAAAACCUCCAGCGAAAAGAUGGAAUUGGAAUUAUACGUCGUAAAUACGAGCGACGUGUCGGAGGCGCUGGUGUGUGGUGACAAUGAGAGGGAGGACGCCACAGACGAGGGAGACAGGGUAUCUAUUCCAGCUUCAGUACUUCAACAACUUAGCACAGAUGAUCUGUCCAAAGUUAUAUUCAUGAAACAUUCCGACAUUGGAGAAUUUCUGGUGUCCGAGAACGAGUCUAACGCAACGCCACAGAUAGCGAGUAAUGUCAUUAGUGUGUCGAUUGGUCAUGCUGACACAAGUAAUCUCCCCCAGCCUGUCACCUUCUCACUUCAACUAUUACAGCCAAUCGAUGAUGAAUCUGUGCCAUUGUGCUCAUUCUGGAACUUUUCCGAAGGUGAAUCGGGAAGCUGGUCCCAGAGCGGAUGUGAUGUAUCAAAUAGGACUCCCUAUCGUGUCACGUGUCAGUGUAAUCACCUAACAAGCUUUGCCAUUCUACUGGACGUAUCUGGAGUAGCAAUGUCUAGUCACCAUCACUCUAUCCUGCGGUACAUUACUUAUGCUGGAUGUAUCAUUUCUUUGAUCAGCCUCUUCACAAGCUGGUUGACCUUCAACUGUCUCAGUCCACUACAGGGUGAAAGGAAUUCCAUCCAUAAAAAUCUUGUCUUUUCCCUGUUUGCUGCCGAACUUACUUUCAUCGUUGGUAUUGACCAGACAGAUAAACAGGUGUCGUGUGCAGUUAUCGCCCUUCUGUUGCAUUUCUUUUUCCUGUCUGCUUUCACGUGGAUGUUGAUGGAGGCCGUACAGAUCGUCAUUAUGUUGGUCCAAGUUUUCGAUACAGCCAAGUCUAACCUGAAAUACUUUUAUCUGGCCGGAUAUGGCAUUCCUAUAGUUAUAGUGGCAACCACUGCCGGGAUAGACUUCACAGCUUAUGGCACACCACAAUAUUGCUGGUUGACAACGGACCGUUUUUUCAUCUGGAGUUUUGCAGGACCUGUUGCUGCCGUCUUGCUGGUGAAUGCUGGGAUAUUGACUUACGCAAUGAGCACAGUGUGUCGCCAUUCGGAUUAUGUAUUUUCUAGAGAAAAGGCAAAUGCCGGGAAUUUUAAGGCCUGGAUACAGGGUGCUUUCGCCUUAGAGGUUCUUCUCGGUCUUACCUGGGUGUUUGGCUAUUUUUUCCUCAAUGAAGAGACUGUCACAAUGGCUUACAUAUUUACAGUAUUAAACAGUCUUCAAGGCCUUUUCAUCUUCAUUUUCCAUUGUCUACUCAAUAAAAAGGUUCGAAAUGAAUAUAAAAAGUUAGUUCAUAUCAGUAAGAAGGCCCCUGUUCUCUCGUCGACGAAGUCAGCAUCUUUGCGCAAGAACGAUGGAUCAUAUGCCCUUUAAUUGCAUCCAUACGGCUUCACGUCUUCUGCUCAACCUUUUCAUUGACGACCAGUAAUAUUCCUUUGUCUUCAUAAG